AUGGUAUUCUUUCAUGGUGGUAACUUUCGUCAGGGUAGUGGAUACAGUCUUCUCCAAGAUGGUCGAUAUAUUGCCAAUCAUACCGAUACUAUUGUUGUGUUUGUGAACUACAGGCUUGGUGCCUUGGGAUUCUUAGUUUCUGAUGUGGGUAAGGACGCUGCCAAUGGUAACUAUGGGAUUAUGGAUCAACGUUUUGCAUUGGAAUGGGUGAGGGAUAAUAUUGCUAACUUUGGAGGAGAUCCAAAUAAGGUUACAAUUUUUGGACAAAGUGCUGGUGCACAGUCUGUUGGGAUACACUUGGCUUCCUCGAAAAGCGACUCACUAUUCCAUUAUGCAAUCAUGGAAAGCAAUCCACUUUCGUUGCCCCUUCGUUCACGACUUGAAGCGGAGAUCCUAGGUAGCUACUUCGCUGCAGAACUGGGAUGUAGAACCGGAGAUAUUAACUGUAUGCGGAGCAAACACGUUGAAGAUAUCGUUUAUGCUCAGCAAAACACAAGCACCAAAAUAGUCAACCCAUUCAGACUGCUAGAGUUGUUUGAACCAUGGGGUCCAUACAUUGACGGUGAUGACAUCACAGAACAGUCUAUUGACUCUUUUGCCAAAGGACAUUUUCAGAAGAAGCCAAUAAUCUUGGGAACUACUUCAGACGAAGCCCGUGCUAAUCUAUUUGUAGCAAUUCCUGAACCAAUGGACAAAUUGAACUAUUUUGAAUAUGUUAUUGAGAUGUUCAAAAUUCAUUCGUUGAAGGUGUUGCACAACUAUCCGCCACUUUCUAGUGGCGACCAGAGAGAGGAACUUUCAGUUGCAGGGCAUCCAUAUCUAUUUGCAUGUCCAACACGUGAUGCCCUGAGGCAUAUAUCAUAUCAUAGUGAUCUAUCUAUUUGGACCUAUGUUUUUGAUCAUGCAUUGUCUUUUGAUGCUUGGGGACCUGAUUUCAAUUUCUGUUCUCUGCACUGCAGAUUGGAGAAGAAAAUGGACAAGCUAAACGAGGAGCAGCGCUCGAUAACCGAAAGGUUUGAAAUAAUGGAGAAAAAACAAGAAGAUUUUGAACGCUCGCUAAACGAAACUUCAAUCGAGGUGUCCGAACUGAAAAUCAACCACAUGGCCGUUGAUGGUCGAUUGGAGCAAGCCGAAAAACAAAUCUAA